AUGGCUGACAACUAAACCCCUUAGAAUUUUCUUUGUUUUCAUUGCAGUUUUUCGUUCUUUUAGUGCGAGACUACUUUAAAUAACACGUUAAUUUUAAUUCCGCAAUAAAAAGAAUCAUUGAAAAGUGAAAAUAUUAAUCUAGUUGUGACCGAACUGUGAUAAGUGUUGAAAGUGUUAUUAAUUUCCACCAUAUAGAAUGAGAUAGAUUGACACUAAAAUCUGACAAUAUAUUAUAGCAGGUUCUAAAUAAUUUUUGCAUAUCGAAGAGCUUCCACCUUCCGUUCUACCAAGGGGACCCGCCAAGCUGUUUCAUUCAUGUACUCGCACUGCUCAGUAAUGCCCCCUCCCCGUCCCGCCGAUAAUGUGACUCACUAGCUUCCGAUAGGGCCCAGUAUGGGCCAGGAGCCUCGGUGUCAGCUCAGCAUGAAUCCGAACGCGCCAGCCCGCUCGCCGGGCUACCACCAGAAGGCCAUGGAGGAGAUCCAGAACUCGCUGCGACCGUUCGCUAAGAGUGGCAGCGAGGCGAUGAGCUCCAGCGCGGCCAGCACCAUCUCGAAUUUCUCCGCCACCAGCGGGGUCAGCUCGUUGAGUUCCACGUCCGGGGGGAACGGCAACGAGAGGCAGCUGGUCAACAUGGGAUAUUCGGAGGAAUCCUCCCUUAGGGCUCUUCAGCUAGCCAACGGACGGCUAGACAUAGCCCUCGACUAUCUCGGAAAGCAGCCCAUGGACGGCAAUAUAAAAAACAGCGGUUACACCAAACUAAUCCGGAAACCAAGCAUCGAACGGGAACUCGGUCUACCGAGGGGGAGUCCCGCACUGGACAGCGGAGCGGGAAGCUCCAGAUCCGACAGUCCCCGUCUCGCCGACAUCCAUUCUACCAUCAGCCGUUAUUCUCCCAGUUUCAACGAGCCCCCACCUCCGCCCCCGCCAAGAAAUACCCCUCCUCCGCCGCCACCGCACGGCGCUGCGUAUCAACCCGUUCCCAGUAACGUGCAGCAGAUGUUCAAGAGGAUGUCUCCGGCGCCCGUCGUCCCCGCUAGGACCCCGGCAGCGGUGUCGUCCUACAACUCGCCCGCUCUGCAGCAAAGGGGUACAAGUCCCGUGAGUAGCGUGUCGUCGUCGUCCGGGAGACAGCCCAUGGUGGUGCAGAACGGCCCGCAAGUGCAACAGCAGCUGUCGCAGCAGAUGCAGGCGUUGAGUUUGUAUCAGAGCAGCACGGCUUCCACUUCCGAGCCUCCGCCCCCUUACCCGUUGAUUUCCCCGAGUCCUUCCGGCGGGGCUCCGCCUCCUCCCUCGUAUUCGGCUUCCAUGCAGAACCGUCAGAGUCCCACUCAGGACUUCAGGAAGAGCCCCUCCUCGGGGAUAUAUUCGGGAUCUACUUCGGCGGGAUCGCCCAGUCCGAUUCCCGUAUCAAACACGACGCCCACCGCCAUGGCUAGACCGACGCCGUUGCAGGCUUGGGGUGCGAGACAAACCAUUUCCCAGCCGCCGAUCAUCAUGCAGUCUGUCAAGAGCACGCAGGUGCAGAAGCCGGUGUUGCAGACGGCCAUAGCGCCCACCGCUCCGCAGAUACCUUCGCCUACGAGUACGACUCCGCCUGCGACGUCCGCACCUCCGCCGAGUUACACCGUGUCGAUUCAACAGAAAGGUUACACUAACGGUUCGAAGCCGGCAGCGCCCCUUCCCGUGGGGGUGUCGCCUAACCCGUCCGGCAAUGUGCCGCCCGUGACGGUACCCACCACAGAACCCCCUAGCUACGCGAGCACCAUGCAGGCCAAAGCGAAGGCGCAGCGGGGCAUCUCGCAUCCCCCCUUGCCCCCGCCUCCUUAUUCCGACGAGGGCCACGCCCAAGUUUACACCGUGGAGAGCUCCAUGUCCCCCAGGGCCAGCCCCCACGUUCACCCUCCGUUGCAGAGGAAAUACUCGCCGGUCGUCAACUCCGAGUGCAGGUCCGACAGCCCCCAGUCGACUAGUUCGGGGGAGAGCAGGAACCAGUAUUGCGAUAAUGGGGCACCGCCGCUUCCGCCAACCGCAUCGUCGUCGGUCAAGAGCAACAGCGCUAACAACAACAUGAUAAACGGCAACGGCGACAACAAGAACAACGACAGCCCUCCCCAGUUACCCCCGUACACCAAAAUCAAGCACCAGUCGCCGAUACCGGAGCGCAAGAAGAUCAGCAAGGAGAAGGAGGAGGAAAGGAGGGACGGCAAGGUGAAGAACUACUCACCGCAGGCGUUCAAGUUCUUCAUGGAGCAGCACAUCGAGAACGUGAUCAAGUCGUACAGACAGCGCAUGUUCAGACGCAUGCAGCUGGAGAAGGAGAUGAACAAGAUAGGGCUGAGCCCGGAGGCGCAGAACCAGAUGCGGAAGAUGCUGUCGCAGAAGGAGUCGAACUACAUCCGGCUGAAACGGGCCAAGAUGGACAAGAGCAUGUUCGUGCGGAUCAAGCCGAUAGGGGUGGGCGCCUUCGGGGAGGUCACCCUGGUCAGGAAGAUUGACACGAAUCAUUUGUACGCGAUGAAGACGCUGAGGAAGGCCGACGUCCUGAAACGGAACCAGGUGGCGCACGUGAAGGCCGAGAGGGACAUCUUGGCGGAGGCCGACAACGAGUGGGUCGUCAAGUUGUAUUAUUCGUUUCAGGACAGCGACAUACUUUAUUUCGUUAUGGAUUACAUCCCGGGUGGGGACCUCAUGUCGCUGCUCAUCAAGCUGGGGAUAUUCGAGGAGAGGCUAGCGAGAUUCUACAUAGCAGAAUUGACGUGUGCGGUCGAGAGCGUCCACAAGAUGGGUUUCAUCCACCGCGACAUCAAGCCGGACAACAUCCUCAUAGACAAGGACGGGCACAUCAAGCUGACGGACUUCGGCCUGUGCACGGGAUUCCGCUGGACGCACAACUCCAAGUAUUACCAACCGAACGGAGACCACAAUAGACAGGAUUCUAUGGAUCCGAUCGACGAUUGGAACGAGGAGUGCAAGUGCAAGAGCCUGAAGCCGUUGGAGAGGCGACGGCGCAGGGAGCACAGGUGCCUCGCGCACUCCCUAGUCGGUACACCCAACUAUAUAGCGCCGGAAGUGCUGCAGAGGACUGGGUACACGCACGUCUGCGAUUGGUGGAGCGUCGGCGUCAUCCUGUACGAGAUGCUCGUCGGCCAGCCGCCGUUCCUAGCCAACACGCCCGCAGAGACCCAGUAUAAGGUGAUCAACUGGGAGACGACCCUGCAGAUCCCGAAGCAAGCGAACCUCUCGAAGGAGAGCACAGACUUGAUCCUGAAAUUGUGCUGUAGUGCCGACAAACGCUUGGGUAAAAACGCCAGUGAAGUGAAAUCGCACCCGUUCUUCAAAGACAUUGACUUCGAGAAGGGCCUGAGACGCCAGCCGGCCCCCCACAAGCCCCGCAUCGAGUACCCCACCGACACCUCGAAUUUCGAUCCCAUCGACCCGGACAAGCUGCGCAACUCGGCAUCGCUCGACUCGAGCACGUCCGACGAGCUCCUGGACAACUCGAAGCUCUUCCACGGCUUCUUCGAGUUCACCUUCAGGAGGUUCUUCGACGACGGCGGCCUGGCCGCGUUCAACAAGAUCAACCUGGACGACAACGAGAACCAGGGCGGUCCCGUCUACGUGUGACGUCGAGUCGGCGCCAGCGAGCAGGGGUUGGAACCCCGAAGCGUCUUUGAUUUCGAACCGGGCGGACUUGCCAGAUGUCGCGUCGUUUGAUCAAAGCGAAGGUUUCUUAAGCGGCGGGGAAAUUUGCGUUUUGUGUUCUUUUUUUUUGCUAUUCCUACCUUUUGUGCGCCUCGUUCGAAUGAGGGGCGGGCGGGGCGAUCGUCGCUGACGUUGGUCCUGGGGGGGGGGGAACGAAAUGGUUCCUUAAAAGUUGUUGUCGAAAAAAAAAGGAAACGACGAAUUAAAUUAAACGGAAACGCUUGAUUAUCGCAAACGUUUGCGCGUUAUUUUUUUAAAUCGACGACGCUGCGUAUUUUCGAAUGAAAUUAAUUUUUCUCUUUCCGGCAGUGUACGACGCUUGAAAUUUUGAACAGGCGUUCGUCGUAAUUCUUACUAAAAAAAUUUAUACUGGGUAAGUAUAAGUUUUUUCGGGAAUAGGAAUAUUUUUCAAUUAAUUCUCAAGCAUUUCCAAGCGUUUCGAUUCGGAGCGACAGCAAAGUAUCAUUUCAUCGGAAAAUAUAAAAAUUUACAGGGCGUUCGGUUGAAAAAUGCCGCAAAUGCAAAUAUUUCAAUUGUUUUUUUCUUUUUUUUUUAAAACCACUGUUGCACUAACAUUAACUUUUUGACGGUUGUGAAAUUAUCUAAAAAUUAUUUUCGCACAUCUAAUUUCCCAGGUAAUACCGAUAAUCUAAUUUUUUUUUGCAAAAUGGCCGCCGUUAUUGACGUUCGUCACUAUGGUGAUAAAUUUUUUUUGUUUUUCGACCCAGCGAAAAAAAACGUAAUAUACGUUGACGUUUUUCAUUCAACUGACUAAAAAUUUUACUAACGGUUUAAUAUUUACGGUAAAAUUUGCUUCUUCUACAGGGGGCUUCAAAAACGAGGUUCACAACGUCAAAAAAUAACAUGAAUUUGUUUUCCAUGUUCUACUGUCUUUUGUUUUCGAGAUACCGCUGUCAAAAACGAUUAUUUAAAAUCGAGCUUCGAUUGUUUUACAAUUUGCUACAACAUUGUUGUAGUUUUCGACAAACUUAUCGGUAUCCCGUUAAAAUGUCCCCUCGACCAACGUCUUUGCGGGAACGUCCGCACCCCUCAUUCGUACGAGACGCGUCUUCUAUAUCGGGAUCCGAAAAUGCGGCGGGUCCACGUGUAAAAGUUUUGAUGUAACCAAAGUCUAUUCUAGCUGCCUUAUAAUUAAACGAAAUGCCUUUUUCAGCUCAAAUUUUUUAUAGAUUGGUACGACGUAGGGAAAAUUUUUUAUAUAGUACAAUUUUAAUAAAAUUAUCUAAUAACGAUAGGUAGAAGAGAUCAGUUAAGACACUGUGUAUAUUUUAUAAAUUAUUCAAAGAAAAAAAAAAUGACAAAUGGUGCUACUUCUAUAUAUUUUAAAAAUGUGAUAUAUAAAUGCCCCUCAGAAGCCUUAACGUGGAGUUCCGCGAGGCCAAAUCGGUUAAAUUUAAAUUUUCUAGUCAGUUCGGCGAAAUGUUGCGAUGUCGUCACACGAUUUUUUUUGUAGGACUGUGCUGACGACGUUUCAGGCAGGGAAUCUGGUGUUCUUCGAAAUUCUCCAAGGUUUUCACUUCCGUUGCGUUUUUAUUAAAAAAAAUUACGUCGUGUAGGGUUUUCGAGGGGUCUAAUUGUAUUGAACAAUUAUAAAUUAUUGCUAUUUGUGUAUAUGUAAAUAUUUUUAACAACGAAAAAUUGUACCGUUAUCAGUGGAUAGUCUUGAAACUGUGUCCGGAAGGAAAUUAUUUUUAUAUAAUUCUUGGAAUUAGGAAGUUGGAUGUAUGUACGCACUGCCUCACAAUCAUUUGAAGAAGGUUUUCUUUUUGUAUUUCGAACGGUAACUGAGAAUAUUAUCGACUAGUUUUAAAUUAACUUAUUUUUCAAAAAAAAAUAAAUAAAUAAAGCUGUGUUACAACUAUAAUUUUAGUUUUUUUGCUCAUAAAUGAAAUAAUAUGCUUAAAAACAUUAAAUUAAGAUAUUUAUUACUAUUUUCCAAUACGUCUCUAAUUUGUAACACUGUCUAGCCCGUAAGUAUGAAUUAUUUUUUAGAAUAUAAUUUUUCUAGUCUAUCGAUUUUUUUAUUAUCUAAAUAUUCAUUUUAAUGUUGUUUAAUCAUGACAUUGUUCCUUAAUUUUGCAGAAUAGUUUUAAAAAUUGUGUACACUUAGGCAUCGUUCAUGUUUUAAACGAUUUGUAACUUCGAAAGUGCCUCUAUUUUAGAUUGCAAAAGUGUAAAUGUGUGUAAAUAUAUAUUUUUGAAACAA